CCCGCGCCUCCCGCCCGCACCCACCGCCCGCCGGGGCACCGCCGCACCGCAGGCAGAGCCAGAGCCGCCCGUCCGUCCCUGCCCGCCGCCGCCCGCGCGCCGCCCAGGGACCGAGCCGCCAGUGCCGCCGCCGCCGCCAUGAGCUGCUCGCCCGUGAACGUGAAGAAGCUGAAGGUGUCGGAGCUGAAGGAGGAGCUGAAAAAGCGGCGCCUCUCCGACAAGGGCCUCAAGGCUGAGCUCAUGGAGCGGCUCCAGGCCGCGCUAGACCAGGAGGAGGCCGGCGGGGGCGGCCCCGCCAGCGGCGCGGUCGAGCCCGGCAACGGCAGCGUGGAGGGGGAGGCGGCCGAGAGCGGCGGGGGCGCCGCGCAGCUCCGCCAGGGGGGAGGCCCCGGCCAGGCCGCGGCCUCCGCUAUGGAGGACGACGACGAGGAAGGGCUGGAGGCCGCCGAUGGCGACGCCAUGGAGCUGGGCGAAGAGAACGGCGAGCGGGCAGGGGCCGGGGGCGGCCCCAUGGAAGAGGAGGCGGGCGGCGAGGAGGAGGAAGAGGAGGAGGAGGAGGAUGAGAACGGCGACGACCAGGGUUUCCAAGAGGGGGAGGACGAGUUGGCCGACGAAGAGGAGGCCGCGGCCGGGGACGCCAACGGCCACGGCGACCAGCAGCCGCCGCAGCCCCAGCAGCCGCAGCAGCCCCCGCCGCUCCUCCCGCCGCGCAGCGGCGCCGCCGCCAAGGAGGCUCCCGGCAAGAGCCCCGGGGGCGCCUCGGGGCCCGCCGCCGCCUCCGGCCCGGCGGGCCCCGCCAAGCAGCAGCAGCAGCAGAAGAAAGCGGAAGGCGGCGGCGGAGGCGGCCGCCCCGGGGCGCAGGGCGCCGGGGGAGAUGGCAAAACGGAACAAAAGCCUGGUGAGAAGAAGAGGGGAGUGAAGAGACCACGUGAAGACCAUGGUCGAGGAUACUUUGAAUACAUUGAGGAAAACAAGUAUAGCAGGGCCAAGUCCCCUCAACCACCUGUUGAAGAAGAAGAUGAGCAUUUUGACGACACAGUGGUUUGUCUUGAUACUUAUAACUGUGACCUACAUUUUAAAAUCUCAAGAGACCGGUUUAGUGCUUCCUCUCUGACCAUGGAAAGCUUUGCUUUCCUUUGGGCUGGAGGGAGAGCCUCCUAUGGAGUUUCUAAAGGCAAAGUCUGCUUUGAGAUGAAGGUUACAGAAAAGAUUCCUGUUAAGCACCUGUAUACAAAAGACAUUGACAUACACGAAGUGCGAGUUGGCUGGUCACUGAACUCAAGUGGAAUGCUGCUUGGUGAAGAAGAAUUUUCUUAUGGAUAUUCUCUAAAAGGAAUAAAAACAUGCAAUUGUGAGACUGAAGACUUUGGUGAGAAGUUUGAUGAAAAUGAUGUGAUUGGAUGUUUUGCUAAUUUUGAUGGUGAUGAAGUGGAACUCUCAUAUUCCAAGAAUGGACAAGAGCUUGGUGUUGCAUUCAAAAUAAGCAAGGAAGUUCUUGAUGGGCGACCACUCUUUCCACAUGUUCUCUGCCAUAACUGUGCGGUUGAGUUUAACUUUGGUCAGAAGGAGGAGCCUUACUUCCCUGUUCCUGAGGAGUACACCUUCAUCCAGAAGGUGCCCCUGGAGGACAGGGUCAGAGGACCAAAGGGACCUGAGCAAAAGAAAGAUUGCGAAGUGGUAAUGAUGAUUGGCUUGCCUGGAGCUGGCAAGACUACAUGGGUUACCAAACAUGCAGCAGCAAAUCCUGGGAAAUACAACAUUCUUGGGACAAACACUAUUAUGGACAAAAUGAUGGUUGCAGGUUUUAAGCGUCAGAUGGCAGAUACUGGAAAACUUAACACACUGCUGCAGAGAGCUCCACAGUGUCUUGGAAAGUUCAUUGAGAUUGCAGCUCGUAAGAAGAGGAAUUUCAUUUUGGAUCAGACAAAUGUGUCUGCAGCUGCGCAGAGGAGAAAAAUGUGCCUGUUUGCAGGCUUCCAGCGCAAAGCAGUUGUUGUUUGCCCAAAAGAUGAAGACUACAAGCAAAGAACACAAAAGAAGGCAGAGGUGGAGGGAAAAGAUCUUCCAGAGCAUGCAGUUCUCAAAAUGAAAGGGAACUUCACACUGCCAGAGGUAGCAGAAUGUUUUGAUGAAAUAAUCUAUGUAGAGUUGCAAAAAGAAGAAGCUCAGAAGCUUUUGGAACAAUACAAAGAAGAAAGUAAGAAAGCUCUUCCACCAGAAAAGAAACAGAACACUGGCUCAAAGAAGAACAAGAAGAGCAAUAAAAAUCAAUUUAAUAGGGGUCAGAGAGGACGUGGAGGAUUCAACAUGCGGGGCAACUUCAGAGGAGGAGUCCCUGGCAAUCGCGGUGGAUACAACAGGAGGGGAGGCAACAUGCCUCAGCGAGGUGGUGGCGGUGGCGGCGGUGGCGGUGGCAGCAGCGGCGCAAUCGGCUACCCGUAUCCUCGCGGCCCUGUCUUUCCAAGCAGAGGUGGCUACUCCAACAGAGGAAACUAUAACAGAGGUGGAAUGCCCAACAGGGGAAACUACAACCAGAACUUCAGAGGAAGGGGAAAUAAUCGUGGCUACAAAAACCAAUCUCAGGGCUACAACCAGUGGCAGCAGGGUCAAUUCUGGGGUCAGAAGCCAUGGAGUCAGCAUUAUCACCAAGGAUAUUAUUGAAUACCCAAAUAAAUGAACUGAUACAUAUUUCUCCAAAACCUUCACAAGAAGUCGACUGUUUUCUUUAGUAGGCUAACUUUUUAAACAUUCCACAAGAGGAAGUGCCUGCGGGUUCCUUUUUUAGAAGCUUUGUGGGUUGAUUUUUUCUUUUCUUUUUUUGUACAUUUUUAAUUGCAGUUUUAAAGUGAUUCGUAAGAGAACCUCAGCAUUGUGCACGAAAAGAGAAUGUGUCAGUAUUUCAGGGUUCUACAUUUUAUCUGUAAAAUGUGACUUUUUUUUUACCACAACAAAAGUAAAGCGUUGCUUUGUACCUGGUGUCUUUUUAUUAAAGAUUUUUCUCCUUUUUCCCCAUCCCCCAAUUUCUAAGAAACAGUCGUGAGUCAUGUCACAAUUCGAUAGAAAUGUUAGCAACCAGAUUCGUAUGGAGGCAUCGUAGUAGCCCUCAAAUACCAUGAGAUUAUGUAAAGCUCCCUAUUGCACUCCAUCCUCUCUAUGAAGCUCUUGGGUGGGGAGGGGAGGAGGGGGAGGCAAAAGUUUCUGGCAAUAACUAGGACUUUUUUGUAACACUUGGAACUCACUGAGAUGUUGGGGGCAAAGAGGAAACCUGGGGCUAAAUAGUGAUGGUGGAGUGUAUGUAGAAGCUCUUAAAGUUGUAAAACUCGGUUGCUUUAUUUGUGGAGGCUCAAACUUGUGAAGGUACAACACCAUAAUUUUUUUUCCAUUUGUUCUGCAUUUUGAUUCUGAAAAGAAGCUGGCUUUGCCCAUUUCUUAUUAAACAAAACUUGUUGUAAAUCCAGUUGUCUAAUGGGAUCUAUAUGAAGUUAGCUGUGUGUCUGUAUAACUCUUUCCCCACAAAAUACUGUAUACCUAGUGUGCUUGUAGUAGUUACUCCACCAUUUUGUAAGCUAAUGAAACUGUGAGUCACCCAUUUUAUAUCUUAAUUUUUAAUCAUGUCAAUUCUCAAAUGGGUGUAUCUCCUUAGCCUGCUGAUUCCUUUUCUCUUUAAAGAAAGUGGGUGGAGAAGUUUAACUCUAGACGUUUGUUUGCAAUAAAAUAAAUUCAUUUUACUCUUG